UCAUUCCCAGCCCAUUAUAUAAUGCGACACACACUUGAAAUUCAACUUUGCCAUCCAUCACCUUUCCCUCUUUCCGGCAACCGUCCAUAACUUCCCUCGUUUUUAUUCCUUCCUCCAAACCCUAUAUUCUUCUCUCAAAACCCCAACUCCCCAUAUAGAUUUUUUCAUUUCAUGUUUAAGUGAAGAAACGAAAACCCAACUGAUCAAUAGUUUAAGGCAAAGAAAUGGAAGCUAACGGGAAGGACGACUUGAAGAAGCCGCUUUUGCAGGAUGAUGACGCUGUAGCUGUCAAUGUGGUUCAACUAAGUUACAACAGGAAUAAAAAGAUUAGAACUCUUCUCUUCAAAGUUAGUGGCAUCACUUGUGCAUCUUGUUCCAAUUCCAUAGAAUCCGCGUUGGGAAAGCUGAAAGGGAUUGAGAGUGCUUCGGUGUCUGCACUUCAAGGCCAGGCUGUUGUUAAAUAUGUGCCAGAACUUAUCAGUGCAACAAUGAUUAAAGAGGCUGUUGAAGACACUGGUUUUCUAGUUGAUGAGUUCCCAGAGCAAGACAUUGCUAUCUGCCGGAUCAGAAUCAAGGGGAUGGCAUGCACAAGCUGUUCUGAAUCUGUUGAACGUGCCCUUUCAAUGAUUGAUGGAGUAAAGAAAGCUGUGGUUGGUUUAUCUCUUGAAGAAGCAAAAGUUCACUUUGAUCCAAAUGUUACAAGUACCAGCCGGAUUAUUGUAGCAGUAGAAGAUGCUGGAUUUGGGGCUGAUAUAAUUAGUUCAGGCAGUGAUUUAAAUAAAGUACACUUCAAGCUAGAAGGCAUCAAUUCUCCAGAUGAUUUUACUGCUAUUCAAUGCUCUCUCGAUGCUUUGGAAGGUGUAAACACUGCUGAAAUUGACCAGCAAGAGCAUAGAGUGACCAUAAGUUAUGAACCAGAUAUAAUUGGUCCAAGAACCCUAAUGCAGUGCAUCCAAGAAUCUGGGCAUGAGUCAAGUACUUAUCGUGCGAGCCUUUUUAUUCCACCGAGACAGCGAGAAAUAGAAAAAGAGCAUGAAAUCCACACUUACAGGAGCCUUUUUUUGUGGAGCUGCUUAUUUUCAGUGCCAAUAUUUGUUUUUGCAAUGGUACUUCCAAUGCUUCCCCCUUAUGGGAAUUGGUUAGAGUAUAAGGUUUUCAACAUGCUAACUGUUGGAAUAUUGCUAAAAUGGAUCCUUUGCACACCUGUGCAGUUUGUUAUUGGUCGAAGGUUCUAUGCAGGAUCAUAUCAUGCACUGAGACGGAUAUCUGCAAACAUGGAUGUUCUGAUUGCAUUGGGAACUAAUGCUGCCUAUUUCUAUUCAGUUUAUAUAAUGAUAAAAGCAUUGACCUCAAACCCCUUUGAGGGGCAAGAUUUCUUUGAAACUAGUCCCAUGUUGAUAUCAUUUAUAUUAUUAGGAAAAUACCUAGAAGUUCUUGCAAAAGGAAAGACAUCAGAUGCUUUGGCAAAGUUGACAGAGCUGGCUCCUGAGACUGCAUACCUAUUGACACUGGAUGGUGCUGGGAAUAUUAUUUCUGAGACAGAAAUUAGCACUCAAUUAAUACAAAAGAAUGAUGUACUUAAGAUUGUUCCAGGGGCAAAGGUUCCUGUAGAUGGCAUUGUUAUUAAUGGUCACAGUUAUGUGAAUGAGAGUAUGAUCACAGGAGAAGCCAGGCCUGUUUCCAAGAUGCCAGGUGAUAAGGUCAUUGGUGGAACUGUAAAUGAGAAUGGAUGUGUACUCAUCAAGGCCACUCAUAUUGGUUCGGAGACUGCCCUCUCACAAAUGGUUCAGUUAGUUGAAGCUGCUCAGCUUGCCAGAGCACCUGUUCAGAAACUUGCUGACCAGAUAUCAAGAUUUUUUGUACCCACUGUUGUUUUAACUGCAGUUGUGACAUGGCUGGGAUGGUUUAUCCCUGGACAACUAGGUGUAUAUCCUUCAAGUUGGAUACCAAAAGGAAUGAAUGUAUUUGAGCUUGCGUUGCAGUUUGGUAUAUCGGUAUUGGUGGUUGCUUGCCCCUGUACUCUCGGAUUAGCUACUCCUACAGCAAUUAUGGUUGCCACCGGAAAGGGCGCUUCUCAAGGUGUGCUUAUUAAAGGUGGAAAUGCUCUUGAAAAAGCACACAAGGUGAAACUGGUUGCGUUUGAUAAGACAGGAACUCUGACAGUUGGAAAACCUACUGUUGUCAGUGCUGUGCUGUUUUCUAACAUAUCCAUGAAGGACUUCUGUGAUGUAACUAUUUCUGCCGAGGCAAAUAGUGAGCAUCCUAUUGCAAAAGCAGUUGUGGACCAUGCCAAAAAAUUACGCCUGAAGCACGGUGCUGAAAAUGAAUAUCACCUAGAGAUAGAGGACUUUGAAGUGCACACUGGGGCUGGUGUGAGCGGAAAAGUUGGAGAACGGAAAAUCCUAGUUGGAAACAGGAGACUUAUGCAUGCUUUCAACAUCCCAGUAAGCAAUGAAGUUGUUAACUACAGUUCAGAGCAUGAACAUCUUGCUCGGACUUGUGUCUUGGUUGCCGUGGAUGAGAAAAUAGCUGGGGCUUUUGCUGUGAGUGAUCCUGUAAAGCCAGACGCUGCACGUGUUGUUUCUUUUCUCCACUCAAUGGACAUCACAAGUGUCAUGGUGACUGGUGAUAACUGGGCGACAGCAAGAGCAAUAGCAAGUGAAGUGGGAAUUCAAAUGGUGUUUGCUGAAAUGGAUCCACUGGGAAAAGCUGAUAAAAUUAAAGAAUUGCAGUUGAAAGGCACUCCUGUUGCAAUGGUAGGAGACGGGAUAAAUGAUUCCCCAGCACUCGUUGCAGCUGAUGUUGGGAUGGCAAUUGGCGCAGGCACUGAUGUAGCUAUAGAAGCCGCUGAUGUUGUUCUCAUCAAGAGCAAUCUUGAAGAUGUUGUCACGGCAUUAGAUCUCUCUAGAAAGACAAUGUCACGUAUCAGGCUCAAUUAUGUUUGGGCACUCGGAUACAAUGUGCUUGGCAUGCCAGUUGCUGCUGGGGUCUUAUUCCCCUUCACUGGAAUCCGUUUGCCCCCAUGGCUUGCUGGUGCUUGCAUGGCUGCUUCUUCCAUUAGCGUGGUCUGUUCAUCACUGCUGCUGCAGUCUUAUAAGAAACCUCUUAAUUCUCGAGUCAAUUAAGUUUCCGAAAAUUAUCACCAUUGUUGUAUUUGGCCUUUCUCAAUAUGAUAACCUUGUCAGCUACUUUAUAGUUGCUCUACGCAGGAUUUUUUGAACAUCUUUCAAGUAAAACUUUUGGUUUAGGUGUUUUACCA